AUGAAAUUAUCAAUACUAGCUGCAGUAACGUCACUAUUUUUCAUAAGAGAAAUUGUGAAUGAAGGAAUAAGUAUGAUUGAAUAUGUAUGCGAUUUUCAUUUCAAUCCUUUAACUAGUGUUAAUCCAUCAUUAAAGGAAGGAGAAGAUAAGUUUGAACAAAUCGGAUGUACAGUAAACAACCCUAGCUUAUCAGACAUCGUUGCAUUAAUUUGUCCAAAGAAAAAAGAGUCUCGAUAUUCGAAGGUUGAAAUUGUUCCUUCUACAUGUUUUUCUACUCACCUAUAUUCUCCUUACGAUUCUGAGAAAGAUGCAAAAGAUUUUAAAAAACUAGAUGUUGAAAAAAUAUUAACUGUAAACAAAACUUUUGAUGAUUUCGAAUUAAGAACAUUAGUUAUUCCACAUAGUUAUAAAAAGAAUAAGACUAUUUAUUGUAGAUGUGAUAACAGAGAAACAGAAAAUGGAAUUGGAUCAAAUGAAAAAGAGAAAGGAAAAGUAGGAUUAGUAAAAAUUAUUUUAAACCAAAAAGAUGAAAAUCCAAGGGGUGUAGAUAUUACUGGAUCUAACGAAUUUUCACAGGAUGGUAUAACAGGAACAGACUAUAAUAGAGAAAUUCAAAUAAAAGAAAAUGAAGUUAUUCAUUUAAAAUAUACUGGUUUUAAGAAUACAUAUGAAGAUCAAUGUGAUAAUUUAAUGAAUAUCAAAUUUGGUUUUAUUUCAGAAUAUUUUUUUUCUCUUAGAAUGCCUACUGUUUUUUUGAGCCCAAUUAAUUGCACAUUAACAUUUGAAACAAAUAGUUCUACUUAUAAAAUUGUUCUUAAAUCAGAAAAAACAGGAACUAUUGAUGGUUGUGAUUUUACUAAACCUAAAGGUGAAGGCAUGUAUUUAAAUGGUUUCAACCUGAACGAUAUAACUGAUGAAGAAAUUUGUUCUGUCCAUAUAAAAUCAGGUAAAAAGAAUCUUGCUGCUGGUUUUAGGUGUCCUUAUAAAUUAACUCCUACUUAUUGUUUUAGACAUGUUUUAUAUGAAAAAACAAUUAAUGGAGAAAAAAAAUUUGAAACGUUUUUGUUAGAUGAUGUAUUAGAAACAAUUGAUGUAGAAUACUACGCCAAUUUAAAACUAAGAGCUUUUGUCGUUGGAUUUCCAACUAGACCAGAGAAAAAUAAAGUUAUAAGGUGCAUUUGUGAAAAUGCUGGCAAAAAAGGAAUCAUGGAAUUGACAAUUGACUCUGCUAGUACGAGUUUUGUUAGUUUAGUUUUAGUAUUACUUGUUGUUGCAUUCCUAUAUUUGAAUUAA